AUGGAUCCACUCACUGCUCAAAUUCAAUUCACAAAACGACCAAUUCUCUACAUGUCUCGUUUGGGAAAGGUUUUAUUGUCUAACAAGUGGUUCCGAGUUGUGUGUGGAAUUUUACUUUUGGCUGGUUGUGAUGUUUUGGCUUGGAUGAUGACAGUUUCAUGCUUGGUGGUGACUGGAUUUGUGCUGUAUGGAGUUUCCAUGUUCAGAAAGAGAAAGGAAUGUAGUAUUGCGCAUGGCAAAGACGAGCAAGAUAUUGAAUGGUUGAAUGAAACUCUUGGUGGCGAUAUUUCAUUGGUGGAUGAUGCACUUGGUCAAGUAAUUGAGAGUUGUAAGAGUGAAAAGAAGAGUUUGAUUAUUGUGGGAGUUGGAUUGGGAGCUGUUUUGAAGAGAUUGGAAAAAUUAAAUCACUUGAUGGAACAAUUCGAAAAUGUGAAAGUUUUGGAACCAAAUGAAACAAUUAUUAGAAAAUGCAAGGAAAUAGCAACAAGUAGUAAGAUUGAAUUUUUGAGCUGUGAAUAUUUGGAUAUUUCCAAAUGUUCAGCCGAUAUUGUCAUGUUACAAAUGGAAUAUUUGAAGCAUUUAGACAACAAGUCAAUUGCUCAAUUAAUUCAGAAUUGCAGAAAUAUUGCAAAGGUUGGAUUGAUUAUUGGUGAUUUACAAAGAUCAAAUUUUAUUGGCAUGCUUACAUUGAUCAAUGUUGGUUCCUGUAUUUCUACUCAUGAUUUAUUAACUUUGAGUGAGUGGAAUAACUUUUUGAAUCGCCAAGUUAAAGUGGAAACAAAUCAAAUCUCGAGUGUUUGGACAUUCGGAAGAACUACCUUGAUGGUGAGUGGAAAUAUUUAA